UUACGAACAAAACCCAAAAUUUGCAAAAUCAAUAAUGAAAGAACCCUAAAAAUCAGAUAUCUCCUCGUUUUCCCAUCAAAGGAAACCCAACUUUUUUCUUAAUAAAAGAAGAGAUAAAUAACCCACUCCUUUCGUUAGAGAAGGUAGAGUUGUUUAGAAAUGGAAGCUUUUGAUAUGUCAGUUUAUUUCGACGACAAGUUAUUAGACUUUGGCUCCGAUGCGGGAGGGAAAGAUGAAGAUGAACACAGCUUCUCGAAGCGUAACCCUAACCCUUCUUUUCCGGAAUUUGCAGAGGAAGAACUAGAAUGGUUAUCAAACAAGGAUGCAUUUCCGGGCGUGGAGACAUCAUUCGUGGAUGUUUUAGAGAAUCACCAGAGCCCGGUGUCAGUACUCGAAAACAGUAACAGCAGCAGUACUUCAGGUAGCACCACCAGGAACGUUGUGAUGUUCCCGGUGAAGGCGAGGUCGAAGCGCGUGCCAAAAUGCCGGGACAUGAGGAACCAAGAAAACAGGUGGUGGUUGGUUAAGGAGAAGCUGAAGAGGACGAAAGGGGGUCGGAAAUGCCACCAUUGUGGGGCGGAAAAGACACCUCAAUGGAGGGCGGGUCCGUUUGGGCCUAAAACACUCUGCAAUGCUUGUGGAGUGAGGUAUAAGUCGGGGCGUUUGGUGCCCGAGUAUCGUCCGGCGAGUAGCCCUACUUUCUCCGAUGAGUUGCACUCCAAUUCUCACAGGAAGAUUUUGGAAAUGAGGAGGCAGAAGCAGUUGGGAGUUUCUGUAAUCAACCCUAUGGAUAAAAGGUAGUGUUCUUGUUAUUUGAGCAGAGCACUCUCAAUUUAAUUUAAUUUUUUAGGAGAUGGCUAGUAACCUACCGUUCUUUUUUUACUUUUAUUUAUGACGAAGUUGAAAAUCCAUUAGGGGUAUUUUGACUUUGAUGUGUUUUGAUUGGUUUGAUUUGUUUUGAGUUUUAGUAUUGGUCAAAAUGUUGAGUGCAAGAAUGUGCAUAUUUGGGUGGA